UACGAUUUGACACAUUUUGUUGAAUGCGGACUCUUGCUGUGUGUUUGUCUUUACGACAUGAAGCGUAAAGACGGCUAAUCAACACACGAGAAUCCUUACUGUAGCUCUGCAUUUGUUGGCUAUUUUUUUUAUAUGUCCGAAAUCAUCGAAGAAUUUACCACCAAUUUACAUCCGUUCGCCGGUGUGGUUUUUCUUCAGAGAACAAUCAUGGCGGAUAGCGAAAUUUCCAGCGCCUUUCAUUUGGCAGAUCCCACAGAUAAAGAACGUUUCUUUACACGGCUAAGAAAAUUAAAUGUCAACGACUCAGGAGAAUUGAACUCUUUUCUCGACGACUACAAAUAUCGCAAGCUUAUCGUAAAUGGUUUCAAUCGAGAUCUUGUGAUCGUCAGUCGUGGCGAAUCGACCGUGUUCGAAGAUUUCACUUUACAAGUGUGGAAAAAAUACUAUAUCGAAGAAGAUGUUGCACAGAUCGGUGUGUUGCAAGGAAGCUUGUCUUUUCCGGUAGAGGGUGUGUUUGUUGGGAAGUCUUCUGGUCGUGUCUAUGUUUGUCAGGAGUGCGAUGAUUACCAAGAACAGUGCAUUGUCUGCAUUGCCUACAGUUUGGAGCAUUUCCUUGUCCGGGGUCCCCAGAAGCUGUUGGAGUACAAUAAACCUCAGUGUUUGUUUGAUAACUGUUAUGGAUGCUUUGAUCCACUAAUUAAAGACAGAGUUCUAAACUCAAUUGGACUGUAGGUUGCAUGCCAAUAUAUAGAGAGGGUAAAGGUAACACUUCAAUCGGUAGCCAUGGUUCAAAAAAUAUCAACUAUUAUAAUAUACCUAGACUUUCACUCAACAAAACGAGCACUUUGAUCAGUUGAUUCUUGGUCAUGUGGCCUUGAAUUCAAAUUCAAAUGUAUCCCAACUGGAAUACAAUUGUGCAGUUGUUGCCUGUGUGCCAAAUACAACAGCAUGUUGUUGCAAUAUGAUUGUUUAAGGAAAAAGCUAAAUGUCUAACAAAGCACUUAAUGUAUGGUCCCUUAGGGAACUAGUUACUUUUGUUUUCUCGUAAGUUCACCUCAGGAAACAUCAGGACUCUCAGUAAAACAAAACUGUUUCCCGAGGGACCUUACAUUAAGUGUAUAAUUUUAUUGUUGUGGUCAUUUUUGGAAAGUGCUUUUCAGUGGCUGAAUUUUUGCAAAGGACUUUUGUCAUGAUAGAUAAAUGUGGUUCUGCAUUUAUUUUUGCUUUUGGGUUCUUCAUUUUGAAGAAAUAAGUCAGGUAAAAUUGAUAUCCACUUUUGUGACAACCUCUGGAAUUCUUUUCAAACAAUGAUGCAACAGAGUUUAGGUCCACAGGUAUUAAUUUUUCUUGGGCCCAGCUCAUAGUCACUUGGCCAAAUGGCCACCAUACAAUUUAUGCUCAAGAACAUAAACUAUAUUCCUACCAUUGCCCCUUUGGAGGGCACUGAGAAAGUAAAAACUGAAAAAAUUACAACAAAACAGUGAAAACAAUCAGCUGAGCUUGCAAAUGAGCUAAAGUACAUUUUAGCAUGCUGACAUCUCUAUUUUAGCCAGCAAAUUGUUUCACAAUGCCCAACAAUACCUUCGAGAAAGUGACAAAUUUUGGCUAGAACCCAAGAAGCUCACAAUCCACAUGUAGUUGUUGUUGCUCUUUUUUUCUGAACUAAGUCAAAAAAGUUGAGAGCUGUCUUGAAACUUGUUCCAAAACAACUUGCAAGGCAAUCAGAUAUUUUUCCCUGGGUUGCGCUUAAAUGUUUAAAUUUAAGCUAUUUAGUUAUUCUUGCCUUCAAGGAUCAAGCCAGCCUGUAGCAGGUCUCUUAACCGAUACAUUUAUUGUACUAAAAGUAUAAGACAGUUAAAAAGCUGAACUCGUCAGCAAGUGCUACUUAGUUAAGCAAAAGAAAAUCAAUUAGCACAAUUAUUUCAACUUGCAACAAAAAACUGUUCGAGUGAUGAAGAGUUCCUUGAAUUUGACGUCAGUUCUCUGAUUCAUUUGGUUUAGUUCCCAGAACAUUCAAGAUUUGUGCACCUUUGGAACUGUGUAUUGAUCAUAAAAUUCUUAUGUUAAGUGCUUUGAUUCCUGUUUGGUGUGUUGCUUUAAAAUAGCAUCAACUUCAUUUCACAACAAACGUUACCUUUUUCAUUGAAGAAACGCAGCAAAUUAAUAUCUGUUGUAGUAAUUUUAUAAUAAGACUGGAUUUAUCACAGCAUCAUAGCAAUUACUAAUGAAAUAUUGGAGUUAAAGGAGUAAAUACUUUGAAAAUGAUGUAAUAUUUUAAAUUAUAAACGAAUAAAUGUACUUGACUAAGAGAUAUUUUAAUCAGGUUAAAUUUAGUUCUAAGAAUGGAAUUGCAGUGAAAUACAUCUUUGCAGCAUAUCCUUUAAAUUUAUGUUGUUAGAGGCCAACCAUCACAAAAGUUAUUAUCAUGAACUGUCUAACCUUGAGGCACUCAGUCAAUAAGUUCGCAUUGAGUGGUGUUAGGUAGUGUGUCAUACCAUAAGGAGUUGUGACUUUGAUUUGAAUGUGAUUUAUGGGUGUUUCACCAGCAAAAAGUUCAUUAAAAUUAAUAAGUAACUUAUUUUAAUCAACGAAAUAAAAAAAAAAACCAAACAAAACUAAAAAAAACAAAAACAAAAAAAACGUAACGUUACCGACACUGAAAGAACUGUUUUGUGGCCUAGUAAUCCAGAAAUGCAAGUUUAAGAAGAGGAACAAA